ACAAAAACCACUGAUUGAUUGUUUACUCAUUUGAUAAAUUGUUACCAUCACCAUUGGAUCAAAUUAUGACAUUUACCUAACCUUCAACUCUUCUCUUAACUGAUACUCAUCCAAUUAUAAAAUCUCAAUUUAUUACCUUUUCCCCUUUUGGGUACAAUUUUAUGCAACCUUUGAUAUUCACCAGUUAAUUCUGGAGAUAGAGAAAUUUAUCUUUCAAGAUUUGUUCUAAAUUCUCACGUGAAUCUCAUAAAGUCAUUUACGCUCAAUCAUGGAUAAUACCAAUAAUUUGGAUAAACCAAAAAAGCUCGAUCUGGAAUCAACUAAUACUAAAGAUCUUAAGUAUCCUCGAUCAGUGUGUUUUAUCGUUGGAAAUGAAUUUUGUGAACGCUUCUGCUAUUAUGGCAUGAAAGCCGUUCUGGUUUUAUAUUUCACCAAAGUUUUAAGACUAACCGAUGAUGAAGCCACUGAAUCAUAUCAUGAAUUUGUUUUGCUCUGUUAUUUUACACCGUUAAUCGGUGCUAUUUUAGCCGACUCUUAUUUAGGAAAAUUCAAAACCAUUUUGUACUUAAGUAUACUUUAUGCAGUGGGUAAUAUAGCAUUAUCAGCCGCGUCGUACUUUGAGCAUAGUUUGCUGUCUAUAUUUUCAUUGGGAUUAAUUGCAUUUGGAACUGGUGGCAUUAAACCUUGUGUAAGUGCUUUUGGAGGUGAUCAGUUUGUUGCCGGACAAGAGGACCAGUUGAACAAAUUUUUUGCCAUUUUUUACAUGUCCAUUAAUUUGGGAAGUUUGGUUUCAACCUUUAUCACUCCAAUACUUCGCAGUGAUGUUUCUUGUUCCUCGAGAGGUGAUUGUUUCCCACUUGCCUUUGGAGUUCCUGCUAUUUUAAUGACCGUUGCGCUAUUGCUGUUUAUUGCUGGUAAACCUUUUUAUCGAAUCGUUGCAGUUGCUAAAGGAAAUGUUAUAUUUAAAUUUUUCCAAUGCAAUGCGUAUGCAAUUGGUGUUAAGUUGCAAUCACUUUACACCUCUAAAAAAGGAUUGGAAAAACGAGAUCAUUGGUUAGAUUAUGCUGAAGAUAAAUUCAGUCCUAAACUGAUUCAAGAUGUUAAAACGGUCAAUCGGGUACUUUUCCUCUAUCUCCCCCUUCCACUAUUCUGGGCUUUGUUUGAUCAACAAGGUUCACGAUGGACAUUACAAGCUCUCAAAAUGGAUGGUAUUGUGUUCGGUGAAACAGCAUUAAAACCUGAUCAGCUUCAAGUGAUCAAUCCAGUUUUGAUUGUAGGCAUGAUCCCAGUUUUUUCAUACAUCGUUUACCCGAUCACAAAUAAAAUUGGAAUCUUUAAAACGCCUCUUCAAAGAAUGACCAUCGGUGGUUUGUUGGCUGGAGCUUCAUUUAUAGUAGCAGCUUUUCUUCAAAUAAGCCUAGAAUCUGAAGUACCAAAAGGUCCAUCCCCAGGAUAUGGCGCCAUUACUUUAAUCAACAGUUUACCAUGUGCAAUCACUUUAUUAUCAGCCAAUUCAGCAUUUCCAAAGACCUUUUCUUUGGAUCCUGGCUCGGCCAUUCGAGCACCCAAUGAUUUACCUGUUGGUCUUUACCCUAUCACCGUGCAAUCACAAGGAACCUGUUAUCUUGGUAAUGAUACCUCAAUUGAACUGGCAACUUUUAAUAUUAAAAUUGAUGAUCAAGAAAUAAAUGCUAUUCAUUUAAUUCCAAAAAAGUCCGCAUCAACUAUAAGUCCAACUUAUUCUUUAGCUGUUAAAAUAUAUCCUCAUUCAUUGGUUAAACCCGACAAAGGUGAUGCAGCAGUCCAACUCGCUUACAGUUUACCCCUUUCAAUGAAAGAUGGAGAAAACACUAGUCAAUCAAUUUAUUUGUCCAAGUCACUCAAUGAAGCCAGCAAUGAUCCAAAAUUUAGCUUUAAUUAUUCAACUGGUCUCACUGAUUAUCUUAAGAUUGAAACCUUCUCUGGCAUUGAAAAAUAUAAUGUUUUAUUGAAAAACAUUGCCGAAGCAGAUUACUCAAUCAAAGUCCGAAACGGAGCUUCUUACAUUCUUGUUGUCAAUCAAGAUCCUAUUUCUGGUCAAGUUAACUACAAGCUCAAUAAAGUGGUCAAUGAGAAUCAUGUUAGCAUGCUCUGGCAAAUUCCUCAAUAUUUUGUAAUCACCUGCGGUGAAAUCAUGUUUUCGAUAACAGGUCUUGAAUUUUCAUAUUCUCAAGCUCCAACAAGUAUGAAAAGUGUUGUCUCAGCAGCUUGGCUACUAACAGUUUCAUUUGGUAACCUGCUUGUUGCCAUCAUUACCAAAUACAUCAAAUUUAAUAAACAGUCGAUCGAGUUUUUCUUCUUUGCGGGUUUAAUGAUCUGUGAUAUGAUUAUCUUUGCCUUUAUUGCAUGCCUUUACACUUACUCGAAUCAAGCCUUGGAAGAUGGGAAUUCUGAUAGCCCCGGAAACGGGACUGUUAAAUCAAAUGGACAAGGAGUAACCGUUACAUCAUCAUCUCAUCCACCUUCUUCCUCUUCAUCAGUUGAAUCUCCGCAUACCAAGCACGACUCGCCAGUGGACCGUAUGCGAACCCAAUCAGGAUCAAAUGAACUUCAAGAUACCAAACUUUAAAACACUUUUUUUACAUUUUCGUCUUUUACCGUCUUGUGUUCAAGAGAAAGCAAAGAAGGAACAAAAUCAAAAGUCAAAAACUCGAGUCUAUCAAAAAUCAUUAUUAUUCAAUUCGUAAACAAGCCUUUUAAUUCACCCUCAAACGAUCAAGAUGUUAAAUGUUGUGAAUGAAAUAUUUAAGGGAAACAGAAGAAAAGAAACAAAUGGAUAAAGCAAAGAAGAAAAGCGAAAGAUAAAGAAGAGAUGAAGACCAAGAGAAAAAUCGCCAACAAGAAUCGAAAUUCAGAUGGAAGAAAACAAAAGAUCUUUUUUUUGUCGCUCAGAAUCAAAUCUUUUUACAUAAUAUAUGCUAAUAAUAUACACACAAAUCUUAAAAUAUAUACAAAAAAUAAACUCAUCCUCAAUAGUUAAUCAGGAGGAGGUAAAAAU